UGUCGAGUCUCAAAGUUAUGACGCCAUGUGCAUCGCGUGUGUGAGUGAGUGCCAGGGAUAGCCCCACCAACCCACCCCGCUGCUCCCCGACGACAACGACAAUGUCGCAACCCACACCCACACCCACACGCAUCCUCCUGCUCAAGACGCAAUCGCAGCCCACCGACCCGUACCUCACCUACUUCACAACACACCCUCUUCCUUAUGGCCCCUCACGCCCCACCUUCAUCCCCGUGCUUUCGCACACACCCACCAACCUGUCCACACUGCGCACGCUGUUAACCAGCACGCCGUCUCCAUACGGUGGCCUCAUCAUCACCUCCCAGCGCGCAGUCGCAUCUUUCUCUGCGGCACUAUCCACGCUCCCCUGCGGCCGCGCGUCCGCCGACGCAUUCCUCGCGUCAACAAGCGUGUACACCGUUGGCCCGGCCACGGCGGCUGCCGUGGCCGCACUCGGCUUCCGCGCUGAAAACAUCCACGGGAAAGGAUGCGGGACGGGGAUCGCGCUCGCCGAGGUGGUACUACGGCACUACGCUAGCGACAGCAGCGAGAUGCCGGGGCAGGGGGAUAGGCCCCUGCUGUUCUGUAAUUCUGCUGCGCGCGGGGAGUGGAUUCCGAAGGCCCUGGAGGGGAGGGUGGAGCUGCAGGAGCUGAUGGUUUAUGAAACGAAAGUGGAGGAGGGGUUUGCGGGGGAGUUUGCGAGGGUGCUGAUGGAGGGGAUGGGGGAGGAGCGCUGGAUAGUUGUCUUUUCGCCGGCGGGCGCGGAACAAGCGGUUGAGAUUGUUAGGGGGAUGGAGGGGGCGGAGGGGGCGGAGGACGCGGGAAGGACGCUCUGGGCGGCGAUUGGGCCGACCACGGAGAAGCAUCUGGAAAGUCUGGGGAGGAGGCCGGAGGUUGUGGCGGCUAGGCCCAGUCCCGAGGGGGUGUGGACGGCGAUUAGGGAGUUUGUGGAGAGGGAGGAGAAGGAGAAGGAGGCGCGGUAGGAAGAGGAUGGAAUGGGGUUUGUGGCUUUGAUAUCGCUGGGCGCGGUAGGAACGAGAGCGGGAAUGGGUUGCG